AUAAUAUUUGACUUUUAAAACUUGAAUAUUAGUCAAUGAUAUAAUUUUGCCAAAUUGCAUGCCUUCAAUAUUCAAAUUUAUGGUAAUUUAAAAACAAUUUUUAACGUUAAUUUUAUUCGACUCUUACAAUCAAAAUACGGACUAAAAGAAACCAAAAACAAAUGUUCAAAAAAAGAAAACAAAAACAAUAUUUUCUAAACAAUACUUGUGUUCAAGUCAAAUAAGAUCAAGUAAUCAAAUCAUACCAAAAUCACUUACUCUAUCCAUCCUAAUUUAGUAAUUUACCUACUUCGUUUUUCAAUUUAGGGAUUUUAACCUACUUGAUCCAUUUUAUUUACUAUAUAAUUGGCCUUAUACAACUCUACCUUUUAUCUUUUUACCUUUAUCACUAACAUAAAACCUACACAUACGUAUUUAAAACGAGUCGAGUAAACUAAGAUGAACAAGGUAACACGACCCUUGCUAGUAAACAUGUAUUAUUAUCCAAAUGUUGGACAAUAUAUAUUAACAUUAAAUUAAAAUCCACCGUCAACAAUAAGGAUACGUGUUGUUUGAAGAUCAUCAGUAAUAUAUUAAUGGCGAACUCAAAAUAAAAAAAUAAAAAUAAAAAAAAUAAAUAAAAAUCUCAAGAUUAGUAUCACCGCCGAAGGUUUAGGAAGGCAAACCGGUGGCUACUAUAUUUGAGGGAUAUGCCUUUUUACUCCCUUCUCUCCACAAAUUUAGCGAUGAUUAUGCUCAUUUAUUCCGUUUUUCACGUGCUCUUCAAAGAUUCCAAUCUUCUAUUUUACUUUUUUUUUUUUUUUUUUAUAAAAUUUUCAGCGAUUUUCAUGUUAUACCGUCGGACUUUUUUCAACAUUUUCCCUUUUUUUUCCUCCUAGCUGUAUCAUACCUGUCCUUUCUCUCUCUCUCCUUUCUCUCACAAACACAUUGUGAGAAGAUCAGAUUUAGAGAGAAAACAAACAAAAAAACAUUAAACAAAAAAACAAGGGAGAUUUUCCUUGUGCAUUUUAGCAGAUUCUCAGCCAAAAGGAAAAGGGGAGAAAAGAUUUUAAUGAGCUGAAAAAGGAUGUCAUAUAUCUUAUAACAUAUAUAUAUAUAUACUCUCCCCUUAAUUCCUAGUUUGUGCUGUGUUUUUUUCUUAAAAAUUGAGGUUGUAGUGUUAGUAUAUCUACACACAUUGUUCUUUUCUAUCAUCUAUUGCGAUAAAGUUGUGUAUAUCUGAACCUUAUUGGUCGUCAACUAGAUAGACAAACAUCCCUUGAGUGGGAAUUGGGAAGGAACAAAGGAUAUAUAGAAAUGGCACAAUUACCUCCAAAAGUUCCUAACAUUAUACCCCAGAAUUCUAGUCAUCAACAACCACAACAACAAUGGCAGGAAUUCAAGCGCCCUCAUAAUCAACCUCAGCAGCAACAGGAGCAGCAGGAGGCGGGGCAGAACCCGCCUUGGGUAGACGAGUUCAUGCAGUUUUCGGCAGUUAAGCGAGGAACACACCGGAGGACGGUGAGCGAAUCGUCUGUGGCAUUUGUCGAGGCGGGGGCAGUACCAUUCUUAAACGGCCCGUUUCGUCCACCAGAAACAUUAACAGGGAGGAGUAAAACAAACAAUGAUGAGGAGUUUGAUAAGUUCGACGAUGAUCAAUUUAUGUCUAUGUUUAGUAAUGAGUUAGGAGGGUCGUCUUCGAAUCCGUCAUCGACUUCGGAUCAUAACAGCACGAAUGAGGAUCAAAAGAGAGGGAUAACGAGAAAAGGGGAGCAGGAAUUAGGAGGUAGAGCGAGGGUGGAAGACGGCGAAAAGGCGGAAGAGGUAGAGAGUUUGCGUAAGUUUGAUAAGGAAGAAGCACAAAUUGGUGGUAAUAAAAAGGGUGGCAAUGUAGCUGCUGCUGCUGCGGGUGGUGGUGGUAAUGAUAAUGAUACUGGUGUUGUUGAUGCUGAUCAGCAACCUGUGGUUGAUCCAAAGAGGGUUAAGAGAAUACUGGCAAAUCGACAAUCAGCACAAAGAUCAAGGGUAAGGAAGCUGCAGUAUAUAUCAGAGCUUGAGCGCAGCGUUACUACUUUACAGAGUGAGGUAUCAGCAUUGUCCCCAAGGGUUGCGUUCCUGGAUCACCAACGCAUGAUUCUAAACGUAGACAACAGCACUCUCAAAGCCAAGAUUGCAGCUCUUGCCCAAGAUAAAAUCUUCAAAGAUGCUCACCAGGAAGCAAUGAAAAGAGAAAUAGAGAGGCUGAGGCAAGUAUAUUACCAGCAGAACCUAAACAAGACGGAAAACAUUGUUCCGCUGCCUACAUCCUCAUCUUUGCUACCAACAACCACUCAGCCCCAACCACCCGACACCACAGUUCAUAAGAAUGAGCAGCUUACAGGUUAAAAAAGAAUGUAUUCUUUCAGUAUACUGUACUAUACCUCAAUGAUGAGAGACUUCAUGUCAGAAAUUCUUUGUACAGAACAAUGUAAAAAUGUUCCUUUGGUUUCUCCUUGUAACAUAGAUAUGAUUCUCUCGCAUGCA